AUGGUGAACAAAGACUUCAUGGAACUUUUGGGCACGUCGAGCACUAAGAACGGCAAGAUGGUGCUUUAUCAUGCGAAUGGACGGGUUGUUAAGGCGCAUGAAGACUAUUUGGAAAAAGAAGAGGCGAAGCUGAUAAAACGACAUCUAUACAGAGACCAAAUUGCCGAGGCCAAAAAGAAAGACCCGAAUGCUCGUGAACAGGAGGGCAUGCGUGUCAGGAUUGUGGUUGACGAACAAAAUUAUCAAGAGCUGUAUAAUUUUACUACGGAGAAUUUCCACGUCGAAGAUCUUGGAAUGAACGUUGCUACGGCAUCGGAUCCGAUACCUGAGGAGGGUUUGGACAGAAAGGACUUUGAUGAGGCUUUCAUCCUUCGCCGACGACUUUUUCACUUACAGCCCUGA